UGAGGUCCAAGGAGAGAGCAUGAAGACAAGCUGCGUCACCCCGCACUGCAGCCCAACAAGAUAUGUUAUAAUGUGGGUCCCCUGCUAAUCACCACGAUGACCACAAACCUGUGACUGGCUUUGUGAAGCCUUGUCCCCUUUUUCUAUACCCAAGCCAGACCCUUCUCCUCCUUGCAAAUCCUUCCUUGCUACCUUUGCUUUCCCCCUUCCUCCUAUAAACACAACCCCUUCUCCUGCCUCUCCCGUCUUUUUUCUCCUUAAUCAUUAUAACCCAUCCUCUGUCUCAUUUGUCUUCCUUGCAUCAACACCAUGCAGAAUUUUUCAGCCACCUCUACCCUCCUCUUCAUUCUCCCCUCCCUCCUCCUUUUCCUCCACCUUCCCAACAUGGUCAAAGGGGACUGCUGGCUCAUUGAGGGGGACAAAGGCUACGUGUGGCUGGCAAUCUGCAGUCAAAACCAGCCUCCAUAUGAGACCAUCCCUCAGCACAUCAACAAUACAGUCCAUGACUUGAGACUGAAUGAGAACAAGCUGAAAGCAGUGCUCUUCACCUCCAUGUACCGCUUCACCAACUUGACUGAUCUAAACCUCACCAAGAAUGAGAUCAGUUAUAUUGAGGAUGGAGCCUUUGCAGGACAAGCCAACCUACAGGUUCUUCAGCUGGGCUACAACAAGCUUACCAAUCUGACUGAGGGUAUGAUGAGAGGGCUAGGCCGAAUGCAGUGCCUCUUCCUGCAGCACAACCUCAUUGAGGUUAUUGCCACCAAUGCAUUCUGGGAGUGCCCCAGCCUCAGCAGCAUUGAUCUGUCCUCCAACAAGCUUGCCCGCAUAGACCCGUCCACCUUCACAGUUCUCAGUCGGCUGAUGGUGUGCGAACUGGCAGCAAACCCAUUCCACUGCGGCUGUGAUCUUUACAGUUUCCUAACGUGGCUGGAGUCCUUUAACAAUGUCACACACACUUAUGAUCGCCUCCAGUGUGAGACACCCCGGGAGAUGUUUGGGUACCCUUUGCUGAGUCCCAUCGCAGCCGGCCAUGCUGGCCGGAAUGCCAAAAACAUUCUGUCCUCCAUCUGCCGAGAUGGAGUGAUGAUUCCAGGGAUGACCUCUCUCCCACCUGAUCUGGAUGGUCCUUCGGGGAUGGGGCCUGAGAUGUUUGGUGGUGUGGGGCCCUACCACCAGCCCACCACCUCCUCCUCAUCCACUGAACACAGUUUCAUCCCCAGCAUCAAGCUCCACCAUGUUUCUUUGUCCUCAGCCUCUCUCCUUGUACAGAUUCCAAGGCCCUACAGCAAGAUGUAUAUUUUAACACAAUACAACCACAGCUACGUGUCUGAUGUCAUGAACCUGAAAAACAAGAAGGAGAUGAUCACCCUUAGCAAACUCAAGCCUCACACCAAUUAUACUUUCUGUGUUGCAUCCAUACGAAACUCCCAGCGUUACAACCACACUUGCCUCCAGUUUGCCACCAGGGCUCAAAAUCCAGAUGACAUGCUCCCCACACCCUCCACCACUACCCACUACAUAAUGACCAUUGUGGGCUGCCUUUUUGGCAUGCUCAUUGUCCUGGGCUUGGUGUACUACUGUCUCCGUAAGAAAAGGAUGCAUGAUGAGAAGCAGAAGUCCAUCUGUGUCAAGAAAACCAUACUAGAGAUGCGCUAUGGACCAGAGGUGGCCGCAGCAGUGGCAAAUGAUCCAUCGGCAGUCCACAAGCUCCAGGAGCAGUCCAGGGAACACCACCAGUACCAACACCACCAUGGAGGCAAACUGCCCAUGUCCACUUCCUCUAGCUCAGGAAUGCUCCACUCAGCCAACACCAGUUCCUCCAGACUUUCCUCUAUCCCACAGGUGGAAAAGAUGGCCACUGCUUUUUCAGAGGCCAUGGCCACAAAUAAAGGAAACUAUAUGGAUGUCAGAACUGGGGGGACAGGGAUGGAGAGAAUGGGGGAUGGAGGGCAUGGAGGACUGAGGGGGGAUGAUUUGAGAGAUGAUGAUGGAACCGAUAUAGGGGAUGACUCGGAUGAUGAUGGUCGAGGCUCUGCGUCAGAGAUAUCCACCAUUGCUAUGGAGGUGGACAAGGUUAACCAGAUCAUCAACAACUGUAUUGAUGCACUGAAGUUAGAUGCAGCAGCAGUUGCUGCCUCAGGGGCAUCCACUAAUCCUACAGCCUCCUCCAAUCCCACCUCCCCUCCCCCCACCAGCACCUCUUCCCUUACCCGUGGCUUGAUCCCACUCUCCCAGGGGGUAACAGAGACAUGCCAGGUCAUUCCUUCCAACAAGAUUCCCCCUCCUCCUCCUCUCCCUGCCUUGAAUGCCCCUCUUGCUGAGCGUCCAGGGAUAAGUGGUGGUGGCUUUGUGGUCACUCCCCCCUACCGGCCCCCUCCCCCAGCCACUGCUGUACGUCCCAUCCAGCGACAGAUGAGUGCAGAUGCAGCUGUGGUAAUUGUAAAUGCUGUCAAGAAACAGUGCAGCACCACUUCCUGUGGCUCCAUGGGUCGAGACAGGGACCGUGGAGGAUCUAGGGUGUACAGUCUGGAUGUUCCUGAGCCAAGAAGCCCAGAUGCUUGUAAUCAACAGCAGCAGCAGUACCCAGACCGGGCCAGUCCUGUGGGAUGUGGGGAGCCCCUGGAGAGACUGCCUCUAGUUGGGAGUGGGAGCUGCAGUGGAGGGGGUGGUGGUGGAUGCGACAGUGGUGGUGUUGGUGCCCAACAUCAGCCAGACAACCAGAAGCCACAGCAUCAUCACCAUCAACAGCAACAAAUACAACAACAACAGCAGCUCGAGGUGCAGCAGGACUACCACUGCUCGGAGCACCGCCACUCCGUCCCAGCACUCUACUAUGAAGGCUCCCACCAGGGCUCCCCAGCCCAGAGGGUUUCCUUCCUCAAGCCCCUGACACGCUCCCGCAGAGAUGCAGCCUCUUACUCCCAGCUUUCACCUGCCCGCCACCACUCCAGCUACUCUGGCUACUCCUCUAGCCCAGAGUACUCAUCGGAGAGCUCACUCCGGAUCUGGGAGCGCUUUCGACCCUACCGCAAGGGCCAGCGUGACGAGGCCUGUUAUGUGACAGCUGGGAACGCACUUCGCAAAAAGGUGCAGUUUGCCAAAGGAGAGGACCUGCAUGACAUCCUUGAUUAUUGGAAGGGUGUGUCUGCACAGCAGAAGCUGUGAGUGGGAGACUGCAGUGAAGCAUUAUAGGAAAUAGAGUUUGCAUACUUCUGUUCCUGGUAAGCUGUUGGGCCAGAGAACCCAUUUAAAGUACAUGAAGAGAAAAAAGGAGGGCAUAAUUUUUGCCUACAAUUUUUUGGCAUGCUAGGUGUAUAGAAUAUUGUGCACAGAGCCAGGACUGUGAAACUGUGCCUGGAUAUGAGAGUCAUUCUGGUGUUUUAUUUUACACUUCAGUGUAGCACCAUCUCUGGAUUGUUUUCACUUAGUGUUUGGAGGUGUUACUUUUAGGGAGCAAAAGGGAGGGAGCAAAAGCCAACCCUAUAAAAUUAGUACCAAGUGAGUGAUCACGCGGAGCUUCUGUUUUGGACUGACGUUCUCAGUGCCAUGUUUUCAUCUGUUGGUAAUGACAAAA